GGUGGACGUCUGCUCAGAGCCCACAGUGAAGACAAAAUCUCCCAUGAUGCCACAUUUCUGUAGCGCGUCGUCAGUCAGAAAAGCCUUUUGUUUUCUCUGUUCUGACUGGCAGGUUUGUGGCAGAAAUCGUCCGUUUGCUGUACGCUGAGCUGAAACGAUCAGGUUUCAACUGGUUUCUGUCUUUCAGUCUCUUAGUCGCCAGCAUUCGGCUCACUGGUGUCGCGUUUGUUGUUACUGUUUGACAAAAGCAAACGAUUAUCAAAAUAGUUUCUGAUUCACCGUGGAUCGAUUAGUCGACUGAUCGUCGUAGCUUUCCUCGCGUUCGUGCAGGUUCGGUUAUUUAAAGGAGCUGCGACACAAGCAGCCUCAGACAGGAAGCCAGUUUGUUGGUGGCUAAAAGAGAACUUCGGUUAAACAUUGAACUGAGUUUCGAAAGCUUUUCGAUGGUUGACCACCACAGUGGAUUGUCUUCCUGGCGCGACAGGGAAACAUUUAACUUAUAUAUGUUUUAGAUUUUGGGGUGAACUGUCCCUUUAAGACACCUCUGCUCUGUGAUGCAAAGCGUCAGCAGACACGAGCAAACAGCCCGUGAGCUCCUGCUGCUGCGCACGCUGAAAGCUUCCUGUGUGUGGACGCACCUUCGUGCUGCUUGUAAAACCAUCACCGCUCGAGUCAGGUGGAUCCUGGCGCGCAGGGGGCCGCUGAUUGGCUGUCACCAGGUUCUGGAGCUCAGGAAGGCGGAACAGGAUGAACCUGUUUGUGCCGCGGGACGUGGACGCGUCCCGAGGCUCGGAGGGAGCGCAGGCGGAGGACAGACAUGCUCACAGUCAGAUUAGGAACAACUAAAAUGGCAAGACGACAAAACUUCAGAAGAUGGGUUUGGCUGCUGGUGCCGCUGGUUGUCUUAAUUGUAUUGGUCCUACAGAAAUACAGCCACUCCUUCACAGCUGAUUGGCAUCCUGCUUCAUCUGAAGACUUUGACUCGGAGUUCAAGCAGACCCCCAAGUUGCUGUCUAAACUCUUAGCUGGACCGUGUGUUAUGAACCGAGACUGUCCAGACGAUCAGUUCAGCUUCUUCAUCCGGAGUGGAGCCGCUAACGUGGUGGCUCCAAAGAUCUGCCUCCAGAACAAGCUGGUUCUUGGGACAGCACUGAACAACGCUGGAGUUGGGAUCAAUAUCGUCAUAGUGAAUGGUAAAUCAGGGGAAGUCAUGAAGACCGAUCACUUUGACAUGUACAGCGGUGAUGUGACCCCUCUCAUUGACUUUCUGAAGAGCAUUCAGGAAGGUUCCAUUGUGCUGAUGGCUUCCUAUGACGAACCCUCUUCAAAGUUGAACGAAGAGGCGAGAAAGCUGAUUGCCGACCUGGGCAGCACCGUGGUCCAUUCACUGAGCUUCAGAGACAACUGGGUGUUUGUUGGUGGGAAAGGAGCAACAGUGAAGAGCAACUUUGAGAAGUACCUGAAGAACGACAACGCAAAGAAUAAAUACGAGAACUGGCCGGAGCUCAUCGAACUACAAGGGUGCCUCCCCAAAUACCUGUACUGAAGGAACCCUUCAGAACCAGCUGCAGGAACGCAGAGCAGGAGAAACACAGCGUGUCUGUAGGAUGGGAACGGCUCAGGCUUCUCAUAUAAGAAGGCAAGGCCCAGUAUGUGAACCCAUCUGUGUUCAGACCCUGCUGGGCUGGAUGAGCCGGUUAAUGCAGAUGAACGUUCCUCAAGCUCAACACUCAUUCACUUUACAUUUCUGCUAUUGUGGCAGAAAGUACAAAAAGACCUGAGAACCUUUUUAGAAUACUUUGAUUUUUCUUGAUUUUAAACUUAUUUUUCGGUCUGGCGGUCGGGUUGCACCAGUCAGGACUGCAGAUGUGAAAGAAGACUCCAUUCAGCUGCACACAGAGAAACAGAAUAAUUUGGCAGCCAGAUUCUUUGAAGGAAAGUGUCGUAGACACCAAAACUAAAGGUGCAUUCCGCUGUUCUUGCUCUUGUCUACUUGUUAAGUCCAGUAAGUGGAUGUGGUCCAGGGUCCAGGGGCUUCAGGACAAAAGCUCAGUUUUCAGCAGCUGUUCAAGUUUUAUUAGUCACAUGGAGAUUAAAGCAUUGAAAUGUGAUGCAGGAGAAAACAGGCCUGACAGUAAAAACUGCCCUUAAAGGGACAGUUCACCCAAAAGUAAAAACUCUGCAAAAAAAAAUUUAAAUAAAUAAAAUCUGAUUUUAGUUUUUCAUUUCAAAUGUUUGAUAUGUUUUUAUCAUCAGAACAUGUAGAAAUAAACAACAGUCUAAUCAAAGUAACUAUAAUAUAGCAAAUAUAAAUGGUGAUAAAAUAACUUCCCUUCACUUCCAUUUCACUGAAACCUUUCACGUUUAGCAGUCUGAUAAACAGGGACGUUCACACCUGACACACAACACGUAACAAAAUACACGGUGAUCAUUCAUUGCAAUAAUAUACAUCAAUACACACUAAUGUGAAAUAGAAUAGAAAACAUUACAUUCAUACCUUGAAAUUUUCUUUAUUGCUUUAUUCUUCCAUCAGAGCAAAUGCUGCACUUUUUACUCCACUACAUUUGACAACUUUUGUUACUUUGUAGGUUGAGAUCAAUAAAAGGAAAAAAAAUAUAUGAUCAACAAAUAAAUUCUGAUGUUUGUGGUGAUAUCAAUCAAAAUAUUUGAUUCUCAGAGGAAAUUCAUGAGCUUCUCAGCAGAAUAUAAAGCCGAUGAAGUGAUGAACAUUAAUACAUCAGUGAUUACAAAUGAUUUAGAUUAUUCUGCAUUGGGCCACUCAGCAAAAUGAGCACUUUUACUUUUUAGUGCUUUAAGUAUAUUUUGAGUGCAACAGAGUAUUUCUGCCCUGUGGUACUGCUACUUUUACUUCGGCACAAGAAGUACUUCUGCCUCGGAAAGUGCUGAGGUUGUAAAAAGCAGAAUGUGUCGUUUCAUGAUCAGAUCAAAACAGUAAGAAUGUGUUUAACUUUAAACCAGUUAAUCGUCUGUUGUGUCAUUAAGUGCCUGACUGAACAAACUGGGUUUCAUGUCCAUCACAUCCUGCAGCGAUGUUUUCGUUGUUCCUGACGUAACUAAAUGCAACACAGGCGUGAUAUUUACUGACUCUGUGGGUUCACAGUCACCAGCUGAAUGCACCAGCCUGCAGUGGAUUCUGGGAUACGGUGUGUGUGGUGGUUUGAUUUGUCGUACGGGUGCAGCCUUUUCACUGUUGCGUUGAGAAGGAACAUGACGUCAUGUUUAAAAGUGAAGUUUUUGUGCAGCUGUUGAGAGAAAAGCGUCUGGAUUCAUGUUAACUAUCCAUCAUGUUUCUCAUUUCUCAUCAUGUGUCAUACUUGGCUGACUUUGCUGCUGCUGAUACCACCACUAUGUUACUUCAGACCGUACUUAACUGUUUAUGUUUAAGCACAGCGCUGGUCGUGGGUACUGCAUAUGUAUGUAUACUGCUUUUCUAUAUACGUGCUUUAUAUACUUCUAAUUAUUGUUUAUUCUUUUGUUUGUUUUCUGUCUGAUUCUUGUCUUUGUGCUGUUGUAACACCUGAAUUUAUCCUCUGGGGACCGAUAAAGGUUUAUUUUAUUUUA